AUAUUAUUUCGUUCAUUGUUGAGGUACAAACGUUACCAAGCGGCUUCCACGUUCUUUCAGAAAAGUACAAGAUCACAAUCAUGUUAGAUAUACGGCCAAACCACACCAUAUAUGUCAACAACCUCAAUGAAAAGGUUAAAAAGGAAGAACUCAAAAGAUCGCUCUAUGCAAUAUUCUCACAGUUUGGGCAAAUUCUAGACAUUGUUGCCUUAAAAACAUUGAAAAUGCGUGGCCAAGCCUUUGUCAUCUUUAAAGAAAUCCAGAGUGCUACAAAUGCAAUGAGAGCGAUGCAGGGAUUCCCCUUCUAUGAUAAGCCAAUGAAAAUUGCAUAUGCAAAAACAGAUUCAGAUUUGAUUGCAAAACAGAAAGGCACAUACAAAGAACGUGGAAGCAAGCGCAAGGAGGAAGACAAGAAAAAGAAGAAGGGGAAAGAAGCAAAGGGAGCGAGUGCAGUGCCUGCAGGGGCAGCUGCUGCAGCCAAAGCGGGAGCAGGGGCAGGUGUGGUGCCACCAAGACCAGGCCUCUUCAACCAGCCUCCUCCUGUUCAUGGUGCAGGUGGCAUAGGGGUGCCAGAACAGCCACCUAACCAGAUCCUCUUCCUCACCAACCUUCCUGAUGAAACCUCAGAAAUGAUGUUGUCUAUGCUCUUUACACAAUUCCCUGGUUUCAAGGAAGUACGACUUGUACCUGGACGCCAUGACAUUGCCUUCGUGGAGUUUGAGAAUGAAAUGCAGUCUGCAGCUGCCAAGGAUGCGCUACAGGGCUUCAAAAUUACACCCACACAUGCCAUGAAAAUAGCUUUUGCAAAGAAGUAAAAACAUCAAGCAACUCUAAUUAUAGAUAUUCACAUGAUAGAUAAUUCUUUUAAUUCCAGUUUCUUCUUUUCUUUGUUCUUCUUCCUUCAUCUUUUUCUUUCUUUCUUUUCUCCUUGAUUUUUUUUUUGGGGGGGGGGCUAGAAACUAUUUCUUACCUGACUAAGGAUGCAAUUUAGAAGCAUUGUUUUAAUUCUAAUAAUUGUAUCCUUCAUUUUGGGUUUUCAUAUCAGAUUCAUUGAAGUAUAUCUAUACCUGAAGUUGCAAGGCAAAAUUCCAUUUUAUUCAUUACUCUAAGUGCAUCCUUGUCGCCUAAGAAUAAACAAAAGAUGGAAAGAUGUCUGAGAAAAUGUAAUUAUUCAACAGUUACUUGUACAUUUUUCUUUGUUUAAGCCUUUCCUUGUUGGAGAGGAUCAUUGAGUCUGUCUGUAUUUUUUACAUUUUUCUUUAAGAAAGAUUGUUAAAUUGACUCGUAUGGCUUUUGUAUGUAAUCAGAAGCAGUCAGUGGCUAUUAAAUAAAUUAUAAAUAGACAA